GGUAAUAAUAUUAGUUUGACGUCUGUUUUUUUAUGUAAUUUUUACGCGAUUUAUAGUUUUUUGUGAUGUCUGGAGAUUUAAAUCAAGAAAUUAUUGCAUAUCAUAUAGAGGAAACUAAAAUCAACACUGAAGUGGAUGCAACUUCUGCCGAACCCAUUCCUGAUAGAUCCACUUUGGAAGACAUAUUAAAAAGUAGUAGGGAACAGAGAACCAGCGAUGAAAAAAACGAAGGUUCAGCUCAAAGUGACAAGAGCAAAAGUGUUAAAUAUACACCAAGCGAUGAAAAACUGGAACUACAAAGUGUAAAUAUCCAUGACUUGGCUGUACUUAUGAAACGCGAGACUGACGAACUGGCCGUUGAAGAUAUUUUUUCUUUACGAAGCGAAGACAAAUCUAUAGAUACAGUCAGUGUUUCUUACUUGAAACCACCUGCUCGCUACCCUGACUCUGUUCAGGACCAGGAAUUCGAAGUAGACAAUGAGUCUGUUUAUUCCUUUCUUAUGAAACGAGAAUCCGAAGAAACUCUAACAACACCGGCACAAAGUCCCGAAAAAUCAUCGGAAUCUAUCCCCAAAGACGAGAAACAAAUCGACAGGAACAUGUACUACGAACUGCACAGGUUAUACACUGCGAACUACAACACCCAGAAGUGGAAGAACAAUUACCUUCAGAAGAAGUUAGCACAGUACUAUAACCGCCGAAAGAUGUAUCAUGUGUUUGUCGUGGACAAGUCCCAACAGGAGUACGCCAAGAUGUAUGAAAAACUUCUAGAAUCGUUUGCAGUCAAACAGGACGAAGUUGCAAGAGAACAAGCAGCGUUGGAGAACGAAAUAAGCGUUCUGCGCAACAAACAUCGCGCCAAAAGUGAAGAAGUUGCCAACCUCCUGGUGGAACUCCAGCAAGCCGAAGCAGACGUGAGCAAGCAGUUCAGCUACACGGUUCUAAAUGCUGCGAAAAUGGUCGAACGAUUCCUCAAACGCCAGCGGAUGCAGCUGACACGUUUCAAGGAAAUGCAUCUUGCUUACAUAAAAUUGCGAAACAAGAACAACGAAGCGCAAGAUACUUUGGAUUCGCUUGAUAACUUGGGCCCCAACUGCCGCCUAAUCGACUACGAGCAGUUGAAAACGGAUAACAGGAACCUUUACGAAAAGCUGGAGGAGAAGGAAUUGUACUUAAACUCGUUAAGACAGGAGUGUCGAAACGUGAUGCAGAUCUUGGCUCAUACGAGAGAAAAGACGAAUGUUGUGAAUUUGGACAUUAUGAAGUAUCAGGAGCAGCUCGAUUUGGUGUUAGCUGAUGGCAUGGAAGCACGGGAACAGUUGAGUAUGAUGAAGCAUGAGAGGGAUUACAUCAGGCGGCAGAUAAAUAAACUAAAGCUUGAGACUGGGUUGCUUGGACGACCAAAACUGUUAAGGGAUUUGGAAAGGUCGAUGGAAGAAGUGGAGGAAGGGUUGGAUCAACUAGAGGAGUAUAAAGAAGCUUGUGAGGUGGCAUCUGAAACCAUGGUAGCUGUGAGGAAAUAUAUUAGCAGAUUGAGCGAGACUGGGCAGUCGGGAAAGAUUACGAAAAGAAUUCAGUUCUGAGCAAGUGGGUUUUAGAGAAUGUAAUGUAGGUGUCAAUAAAUUCGCUAGCUCUUUAA